CCAAAAAUGCCUUCCAAACUCGAAGACAAAAUCAAAACCCUCAUAACAAACAAUGGUCCUUGCAAGACUUCGAGAUCGGAAAACCCCUCGGCAAAGGCAAAUUCGGCCGCGUCUACCUCGCUCGCGAACUCAAGAGCAAGUACAUUGUGGCAUUGAAGGUGAUAUUCAAGGAGCAGAUAGAGAAGUACAGGUUGCAUCACCAGCUGAAGAGAGAGAUGGAGAUCCAGACCAGUCUUCGCCAUCCCAAUGCCCUCAGGCUUUACAGUUGGUUCCAUGAUGAUGAACGAAUCUACAUGAUUUUGGAGUAUGCUCACCGCGGUGAGCUCUAUCGCGAGCUCCGAAAAACUGGUCAUCGUACCGAGAAACAGGCCACCACUUACAUUGCGAGCCUUGCACAAGCCUUGGCGUACUGUCACGAGAAGGAUGUGAUUCACAGGGAUAUCAAGCCAGAGAAUUUGUUGCUUGAUCAUGAGGGUCGUCUGAAGAUUACAGGCUUUGGGUGGUCUGUACAAUCCAAAAGCAAGAGACACACCAUGUGUGGAACUCUGGAUUAUCUAGCCCCAGAAAUGGUGGAGAACAAGGCGCACGACUAUGUAGUUGAUAAUUGGACAUUAGGUAUCCUGUGUUAUGAGUUUCUGUAUGGUGUCCCUCCAUUCGAGGCUGAGAGCCAAACUGAUACAUUCAGAAGGAUUGUGAAGGUGGACCUGAGCUUCCCUUCCACCCCUCAAGUUUUUGCAGAAGCUAAAAAUCUCAUUAGCCGGCUUCUUGUGAAGGAUUCAUCCAAAAGGCUCUUUCUUCAGAAGAUAAUGAAACUCCCCUGGAUAAUGAAGAAUGCUGAUCCAAUGGAUAAGUGCUCUAAAUUGGAUCUUUAGAUCUGGUCUCAAGUCCAUGACUCCAAGGAAUCAGUACAGUUGAAUUCUAAAGUAUAUUGUCGAAACAAUGUGGUAGAACAGACACUACAGGUAAUUUUGCAGCCUCCAACUCUAAUCAUGUUUUGUACUUCGCACAAUGGCCAAUAUAGAUUAACAGGUUGUGUUGAGUGUUACCCAUUUAGUUUUUUGUAUUAUAGUCUUGUGUCAUUUUGAUUUAGUGUUGUGCUAAUGUGUAAUGGGUAAAUUUCACUUUAUACUCUCACACUUUAGCUCGAAGCCUACUUUAACCCUUGAACCUUUUCGUACUAAUUUUUCUUUUCUUACAAUCAGUAGGAUAAGAAUAGGAAAAUAAAAAAUUGCGUUCACAAUUAUAAGACUCAAAUUUCCAUGUGCUGUUAAAAACACUCGCAAAAUUUCUCUUUCACAACUACCUCCCUCUUGAUACAUUUAGAAAUCAUGCUUCACUAAUUUAGUUAGCGUAUUUUUAUGCUGAUUUCCAAGAUUAAAUCUACUAAAAAAAAAUCAAGAAAUAAAAAUAAAAAAUCACUGUUUAGGCUAUGCUUGGUAGGUCCUAAAUAAAUCAAAUGAAACUUGUGACCCCAUGGCCACUUCUAACUUCCUUGUAUAUAGCCACUGCUUUUUGCAUAACUUUAGGUUUGUUUAGCUUCUCUGCUCUCUUAGAUCCUGGUGGAUGAGUUGCAGAUAGUCCUCCUUCCUCACCACCACCGAGCCACCCAUAAACUUUCGGGGCAACCCCAUGGGUCAUAUCCAGCCAACGCCAUUAACAUCAUCCCUAUGUAGUCUACUUCGAAUUCAUUCCUACAACAACCAAUAAAAAUAUAAUAAUUUAACCAAAAAUUACUGACUCAAAAUCUCUAAAAAAUUUGGCAUGUAUUCAAACUACAAUUCUGUACAAAAAUUCUGUAAGUUUAUCUUUUUUCUCACAAUAUUUGGUAUCCCAAAGCAUUCAACAAUGGGAAACAAAACUAAACACAUAGCUUAGGGAAUCUCACAAUCGAGAACGAAACCUCUAGGACAGAAAAAAAAAUUAAUUAUCUUAUCAAUUUCAAGCUAAAUGCCCAUCAAUGUGGCUUAAAUUUUUUAAAAUAUCAUUGCCGCAUCAUUUUGAUCAAUAAUAAUGUAUAAAAUUCUAUAAGCAUAUCAUUUUUCGUGCAACUAGUAUUCAUGGGCUCAAUAGAUUGUGAAUUGCUAAAUGACAUGCCAACAUAAACAUGGCUAGAAAAGUAACAACUGUGAUCAAAUCAUCCAUAUAAUAUAACUAUAAUGAGUAGUAUUCAGAGAACAUUUUUCAAAUAGGUUAAGUGCAUUCAAUUCAAGCCCUAGAAGAUUAUGUAUAGAUGAAUGAGUGAUUCUAUGGAACAGUGAUACACACACUACAACAAACAUUUCAACAAUGGCAAACAAAAUUAAACACAUAAUUUAGGGGAUCAUAGAAUUGAGAACAAUACCAUUAGGAGAAGAAAGAAAACAAUAUUUCGUAGAAUUCGUGAGCGAGUUUAGGAUCUAGAGGUAAACAAAUGAGUUGCAGUGCCAAAAUCCAAACAAGGUCAUUAGUGCUUGCUGAGCCAUGCUAUG